AUGCCUGCAUUCUUUUGCAAUACAUUACAGACCAUAACAUCUUUGAGGAAAAAAGACAAAGAAAAAAUUGAUGAUGUCAUUUCAUUGACUGCAAUGAAAAUGCCAGAAGCACGAUUACGUCACCUUCCUUUGGGUUUUAGUACUUUGCAUAAACCAGAUCCACUUCAUUAUUGUGAUGCUAAUUUUUCAACCAAUACAGAACCGAUUAAAAUCCUAGCUUGUGGCCAUACUUAUCAUACAUCCUGUUACAACAAUAAUGGGUCAAAAUGCUUGAAUUGCCUAUUAUUCUUACAAAAUGGUAUCAAUGAACAUGUUAAUGUCUCAAUGAGCGAGUACAGGUUGAAGAGAUCUCUGUGA